GAGGGAUGGAUGGAGGAGGUGGAGGGUUGAUAAACUCACUCGCAGCAGUUCAGAUUCUCACUUCUGUCCUGGCCCCCUUCACGUCCCAGCAGGCCCUGCACUGCCACGUGUGACUCGGUGUCGUAGAGUUGUUGCUCGCCCACAGCGCCCCCUGCAGUCAUGUGUGAUGAUGAGGAGAGCACCGCUCUGGUCUGUGAUAAUGGAUCCGGUCUCUGUAAGGCCGGGUUCGCCGGAGACGACGCCCCCAGAGCCGUCUUCCCCUCCAUUGUGGGCCGACCCCGCCACCAGGGAGUGAUGGUGGGUAUGGGGCAGAAGGACAGCUAUGUGGGGGACGAGGCUCAGAGUAAGAGAGGAAUCCUCACCCUGAAAUAUCCCAUCGAACACGGCAUCAUCACCAACUGGGACGACAUGGAGAAGAUCUGGCAUCACUCCUUCUACAACGAGCUGCGAGUGGCUCCAGAGGAACAUCCCACCCUGCUGACUGAAGCUCCUCUCAACCCCAAAGCCAACAGGGAGAAGAUGACGCAGAUCAUGUUCGAGACCUUUAAUGUUCCCGCCAUGUACGUGGCCAUCCAGGCCGUCCUGUCCCUGUACGCCUCUGGGCGUACCACAGGUAUCGUCCUGGACUCCGGCGACGGCGUCACCCACAAUGUGCCGAUCUACGAGGGCUACGCUCUGCCUCACGCCAUCAUGAGGUUGGACCUGGCGGGCCGCGACCUCACCGACUACCUCAUGAAGAUCCUGACUGAGCGAGGCUACAGCUUCGUCACCACCGCCGAGAGAGAAAUUGUGCGGGACAUCAAGGAGAAGUUGUGCUACGUCGCUCUGGACUUUGAGAACGAGAUGGGGACGGCGGCCACCUCGUCCUCUCUGGAGAAGAGCUACGAGCUGCCCGACGGACAGGUCAUCACCAUCGGCAACGAGAGGUUCCGCUGCCCCGAGACGCUGUUCCAGCCCUCCUUCAUCGGUAUGGAGUCGGCAGGUAUCCAUGAGACGACCUACAACAGCAUCAUGAAGUGUGACAUUGACAUCCGUAAGGACCUGUACGCCAACAACGUUCUGUCCGGAGGAACCACCAUGUACCCGGGUAUCGCUGACCGCAUGCAGAAGGAGAUCACCGCGCUGGCUCCCAGCACCAUGAAGAUCAAGAUCAUCGCCCCCCCAGAGAGGAAGUACUCGGUGUGGAUCGGCGGCUCCAUCCUGGCCUCCCUGUCCACCUUCCAGCAGAUGUGGAUCAGCAAGCAGGAGUACGACGAGGCCGGACCCUCCAUCGUCCACCGCAAGUGCUUCUAGAAAGAUCCGUCAGGGUCUUCCCCUUCCUCCAGCCCCCCCCCCCCCCCCCCCCCCCGGGUUCUGGUUUCAGCCCCAGCACGUCUUAUUAGCCCUCGCCAGCACCAGCUAACAGGUCCCAGAUCAGUUCCACAAAAACAUCCACAGCAGGAAGUCAACUAUGUUUUUGGUAUUUAGGAAGAUGCUAAAAAUCCCUUUCUGGUUCCAUAAAAAGGAAGUGAUGUCAUCGUUUGUACCUUCAGAUGUUUUUGGUGAACUGAACCUUUAAUUAUUCAGAACUUCCAUCAGCCAAACAUCCUCCCUGUCUGCUCACCUGUAAAACUGUGAAUGUGGCGCUUGUCCUCCAUCUUUAACCCCCCCCCCCCCACCCCCCCGAAUCCACCUGCAACCCCCGCCCCCCUCACUCCACCUGUGGCCCCGCCCCCCCGUCCUCCAUGUUGGUACUGUUUCUUGUCAAAAAGUGUGUUUUUAUUUUUGAUGAAUAAAGCUUGAACGCUGCCCGCUGGUGUUAUCUUCCAUCGUUGGGGAAUAGAGCACUUUCACACGGUGUAUGAUGAUGUCACACGGUGUAUGAUGAUGUCACACGGUGUAUGAUGAUGUCACAGCUGUUGAACUCUGGGUAGGUGAACAGGAGGCGUGGCCUCAUGGUGCUGUCUGCAGUGAAACAUGUAAAGAUGGCGUGUGAUGUGAUGUGAUGUGAUGUGAUGUGACGUCAACAACAUGGAAGCGAUGAUGAUGAUGAUGAUGAUGAUGAUGAUGAUGAUGAUGAUGAUGAUGAUUGGCCAGGAAGACAAUAAAGAGCUCUCAUACAACCAAACUGUGCUUCAGUUUCCUCACUGACACACUUCAGCUCCUCUAACGACACCACGGAGCUCGUUAACAGACAGGACAGGAAGGAGGACGGCAUUUAGUGACGGACUAAAGCAGAUCAAUAGUUUCACCGUUAAAUCACUGAUUUAAACGAGCAACUCGGUUCUAUUAAAUGUCCCGAAACAACAAACGCAGAGUCUGUGGUUCAGGUGUGUCUGAUGUCAGUCGACAUCGACGUCAUGAAGGAAGGAAACACCAACACACACACACGCGUCAGAGCAGCAGCUGCUGUUUUAUUACCAAAAUGGCCGUUAGUUUAAAAACAACUCACACACAGUAAAACAUCUGCUGGCACCAUUCUGCAUCCCCAAAACCACCACUCCAACACUUCUCCACAAGAAAAUAACAAUCAAGUUAAAAAAUACAGUUUCUGUUUUCAUAAGAAAGUCAAUAAUAGAAACGUAGAAGUGGGAGAUAAACUGCUCUUCUUCUAUUGUUGGUUGUUUAUUGAGUGAAACAGUGAGAGGAGCAGUGCGUCCUGCAUCACAACGCUGUUUAUUCUGCUCAAAUAAACUUGAUUGAAUGUUUAGUAGGACUUGUUAUAUUACAGGAAAAACUGAGACUCAAAGUCAGUGACGUUUGUAGAAAAGCUGAAACAGACUGUUAGUUUCUCUUUAUUGAUUAUAAACUGAUGCAGAUGGUUCAGUAAAGGCUCCGCAUGAAUAAAACCUGAGAUGUCAGCUCUUGUCUCCUGCCUGUAGGAGGCGCAGUGAGCAGCUCAUCUGCAUCUGUUUCACUUGAUAAAUCACAUUUAUUUAAACACAUUUGGCCUUUAAACAGAUUCAUGAAUCUCUUCUCGUCUGAAAAACAUUCACGUUGUUGUUGGUUUUUCAUCAGGAGGCACCGCAGCUCACAACACACAACACACACACACAACACACACAACACA